UUGGGUUUCUUUUUCCGUCGCGCGCCAUCGGAAGGUCCCCAUCGAGAGGGCUAAUGGCGGAUGCCGGCGUUUUGGAGUUGGCGGUGGCUUAGACUUGAAGGGAGUCAGCAUCCGUUGGAUAUCUACGCCAUCCUUCCCGCUGCAGGCUUAACUUAGUACUAUCGGUGUAACCAAGACCUAGUGUUCUGGGUAGCACAGUUUUGCCACCACCAUGUUCCUGUAUAACUUGACCUUGCAACGAGCCACUGGCAUUAGCUUUGCCAUUCAUGGCAACUUCUCUGGAACCAAACAACAGGAAAUUGUUGUUUCCCGUGGGAAGAUCUUGGAGCUGCUUCGUCCAGAUCCCAAUACUGGCAAAGUACACACUCUUCUCACUGUGGAAGUGUUUGGUGUUAUCCGAUCGCUCAUGGCCUUUAGGCUUACAGGUGGUACCAAAGACUACAUUGUAGUUGGCAGUGACUCAGGUCGGAUUGUUAUCUUGGAAUACCAGCCGUCUAAGAAUAUGUUUGAGAAAAUUCAUCAAGAAACCUUUGGCAAGAGUGGGUGCCGCCGCAUCGUACCUGGCCAGUUCUUAGCUGUGGAUCCCAAAGGGCGAGCCGUUAUGAUUAGUGCUAUUGAGAAACAGAAAUUGGUGUAUAUUUUGAACAGAGAUGCUGCAGCCCGUCUUACCAUUUCAUCUCCCUUGGAGGCCCACAAAGCGAACACUUUAGUAUAUCAUGUGGUUGGAGUAGAUGUGGGAUUUGAAAACCCGAUGUUUGCUUGUCUGGAAAUGGACUAUGAGGAAGCAGACAAUGAUCCAACAGGAGAAGCAGCUGCUAAUACCCAGCAGACACUAACUUUCUAUGAGCUAGACCUUGGUUUAAAUCAUGUGGUCCGAAAAUACAGUGAACCUUUGGAAGAACAUGGCAACUUCCUUAUUACAGUUCCAGGAGGGUCAGAUGGUCCAAGUGGAGUACUGAUUUGCUCUGAAAACUAUAUCACCUACAAGAACUUUGGUGAUCAGCCUGAUAUCCGAUGUCCAAUUCCUAGGAGACGGAAUGACCUGGAUGACCCUGAAAGAGGAAUGAUUUUUGUCUGCUCUGCCACCCAUAAGACCAAAUCGAUGUUCUUCUUUUUGGCCCAAACUGAGCAGGGUGAUAUCUUCAAGAUCACUUUGGAAACAGAUGAAGAUAUGGUAACUGAGAUACGGCUCAAGUAUUUUGAUACUGUGCCUGUUGCUGCGGCCAUGUGUGUGCUUAAAACAGGCUUCCUUUUUGUAGCAUCAGAAUUUGGAAACCAUUACUUAUAUCAAAUUGCACAUCUUGGAGAUGAUGAUGAAGAACCUGAGUUUUCUUCUGCUAUGCCUCUGGAAGAAGGAGACACCUUCUUUUUUCAGCCAAGACCACUCAAAAACCUUGUGCUGGUUGAUGAGUUGGAUAGCCUCUCUCCCAUUCUGUUUUGCCAGAUAGCUGAUUUGGCCAAUGAAGAUACCCCUCAGCUGUAUGUGGCCUGUGGUAGGGGACCCCGGUCAUCUCUGAGAGUUUUAAGGCAUGGACUGGAGGUGUCAGAAAUGGCUGUUUCUGAGCUACCCGGUAACCCCAAUGCUGUCUGGACAGUGCGUCGGCACAUAGAAGAUGAGUUUGAUGCUUAUAUCAUUGUGUCUUUCGUGAAUGCCACUCUUGUGCUAUCCAUUGGAGAGACUGUGGAAGAAGUGACUGAUUCGGGAUUUCUGGGCACCACCCCAACCUUGUCCUGCUCCUUACUGGGAGAUGAUGCCCUGGUGCAGGUGUACCCAGAUGGCAUUCGGCACAUACGGGCAGACAAGAGAGUCAACGAGUGGAAGACUCCUGGAAAGAAGACAAUUGUGAAGUGUGCGGUGAACCAGCGACAAGUGGUGAUUGCCCUGACAGGAGGAGAGCUGGUCUAUUUUGAGAUGGAUCCUUCAGGACAGCUGAAUGAGUACACAGAACGGAAAGAGAUGUCAGCAGAUGUGGUGUGCAUGAGUCUGGCCAAUGUGCCUCCUGGAGAACAGCGGUCUCGUUUCCUGGCUGUGGGACUGGUAGACAAUACUGUCCGAAUUAUCUCCCUGGACCCCUCGGACUGUUUGCAACCUCUGAGCAUGCAGGCUCUCCCAGCCCAGCCUGAGUCCUUGUGUAUUGUGGAAAUGGGGGGAACGGAGAAGCAGGAUGAGCUGGGUGAGAGGGGCUCUAUUGGAUUCCUAUACUUGAAUAUUGGGCUACAGAAUGGUGUGCUGCUGAGAACUGUCCUGGACCCUGUCACUGGAGAUCUCUCUGACACUCGCACUAGGUACUUGGGGUCCCGUCCUGUGAAGCUGUUUCGUGUUCGGAUGCAAGGCCAAGAAGCUGUAUUGGCCAUGUCAAGCCGCUCAUGGUUGAGUUAUUCUUACCAGUCUCGCUUCCAUCUGACUCCUCUGUCUUAUGAGACCCUGGAAUUUGCAUCAGGCUUUGCAUCUGAACAGUGUCCAGAGGGUAUUGUGGCCAUCUCCACAAAUACCCUGAGGAUUUUGGCGCUGGAGAAGCUUGGUGCUGUCUUCAAUCAAGUAGCCUUUCCACUGCAGUACACCCCCAGGAAAUUUGUCAUCCAUCCUGAGAGUAACAACCUUAUCAUCAUUGAGACAGACCACAAUGCCUACACUGAGGCCACAAAAGCUCAGAGGAAGCAGCAGAUGGCGGAGGAGAUGGUGGAAGCAGCAGGGGAGGAUGAGCGGGAGCUGGCUGCGGAGAUGGCAGCAGCAUUCCUCAAUGAAAACCUGCCGGAAUCCAUUUUUGGAGCUCCCAAAGCUGGCAAUGGCCAGUGGGCAUCUGUGAUCCGAGUGAUGAAUCCUAUUCAGGGGAACACCCUGGACCUUGUCCAGCUGGAACAGAAUGAAGCAGCCUUUAGUGUGGCUGUGUGCAGGUUCUCCAACACUGGUGAAGACUGGUAUGUGCUGGUGGGUGUGGCCAAGGACCUGAUUCUGAACCCAAGAUCUGUGGCAGGAGGCUUUGUCUAUACUUACAAACUUGUUAACAAUGGAGAAAAAUUGGAGUUUUUGCACAAGACCCCGGUGGAAGAAGUCCCUGCUGCCAUUGCCCCAUUCCAGGGAAGGGUGUUGAUUGGUGUGGGGAAGCUUUUACGAGUCUAUGACCUGGGGAAGAAGAAAUUACUCCGAAAGUGUGAGAAUAAGCAUAUUGCCAACUAUAUAUCUGGGAUCCAGACUAUUGGGCACAGAGUAAUUGUGUCUGAUGUUCAAGAAAGUUUCAUCUGGGUGCGCUACAAGCGCAAUGAGAACCAGCUCAUCAUCUUCGCCGAUGACACCUAUCCCCGAUGGGUCACCACAGCUAGCCUCCUUGACUACGACACUGUGGCUGGUGCAGACAAAUUUGGCAACAUUUGUGUGGUGAGACUCCCACCUAACACCAAUGAUGAAGUGGAUGAGGAUCCUACAGGAAACAAAGCCCUGUGGGACCGGGGCUUGCUCAAUGGGGCCUCACAAAAGGCAGAGGUGAUCAUGAACUACCAUGUUGGGGAGACAGUGCUGUCAUUACAGAAGACCACACUGAUCCCUGGAGGCUCAGAGUCACUUGUCUAUACCACUUUAUCUGGAGGAAUUGGCAUCCUUGUUCCAUUCACAUCCCAUGAAGACCAUGACUUCUUCCAGCAUGUUGAAAUGCACCUGCGGUCUGAGCAUCCCCCUCUCUGUGGACGGGACCACCUAAGCUUUCGUUCCUAUUACUUCCCUGUAAAGAAUGUGAUUGAUGGAGACCUCUGUGAGCAGUUCAAUUCCAUGGAGCCCAACAAACAAAAGAAUGUCUCUGAGGAACUGGACCGAACUCCACCUGAGGUGUCUAAGAAGCUUGAGGACAUCCGGACCCGUUACGCCUUCUGAGCCCUUCCUUGCUGUAUAUGUGGGGCUGCCAAGAGACUUUGUAUUUUCUUUUUCCUGUCGCCACAACCACCACCACCACCUCGCUUCUGCCAUAUGGCAGGAGAAAGGUGACAGGAGAAUUAAUUAAGACUUUGCCGUUAAAACCAACAGCUUUUUCCCCCCUCAUGUCUUCCCUUGGAAUGACUGGUUCACCCUUAAAAUUGGCAUUGAGAUUUAUUGCACUUCUCCCUGCCUAGUACAUGAUACAUCUGGGUUCUAGUGUGGAACAUGUUGUUCCCUCUUCCUCAAGGCCAUCCUUGCAUCUGCCUUUUGUCUACUUUUGUACACAUGCCUAAUUUUUAACUGGUUUUCCUGUAAAUAGAGUUUUGUACAAUGUCCUUUGUGGAAGGGAGGGAGGCACACAUUGGUGGGAACCAGGUUGGAUAUAGUAUUGCUCUUGAGUUCUUCCACUCUAGGACCUACCCAGAAAUACAAACCUAGUUUUUAAGGUG